CUCGGGUCGCGCGGCGGUGAGGUCACGGCGGCGCGCCGCCGGCCGGGGUAGGGGGAUGGUGGCGGGCGCGUUCCCGCUGGCCAAGCUGCUGACGCUGGGCGCGCGCCAGCUGAGCCGCCCCCUGGCGGCCCGCAUCAAGGCCGGGGCGCGCGCCAGCCCCUUCUUCCGUGCCUACAUCUGCCUGCCGCCCGCUCAGCUGUAUCACUGGGUGGAGAUGCGCGCCAAGAUGCGGCUGAUGGGUUUCCGCGGCGCCGCCGUCAAACCGCUGAACGAAGAAGCGGCGGCGGAGCUGGGAGCGGAGCUGCUGGGGGAAGCGAUCGUGUUCGGCGUGGGAGGGCUCUGCCUCUACCUGGAGUACGCCCGGCAGACGGGGCAGGCGCGGCGGCGGGAGGAGGAGCAGGCGGCGGCGCUGCGGGAGGUGGGGGAACGGCUGGAGCGGCUACGGGAGGAGCUGGACGCCAUGGCGGCGCGCCUGCCGCCUGGACACGCCCCCGGGCACGCCCCCGCCCCUUCCAGCCCCGCGCUCGGCGGCGGCCACGCCCCCGGAGCCGAGGGCGGUGGCGCAGGACACGCCCCCGCGAGACCCGGCCAUUAAAAGCGCCCCUCGUGCUCUUCC